AUGGGCUCCGGGGUUUGGGGAAGGUGGCGGGCGGCCCGGGUCCUACGGGCUGCGGGCGGCGGGUGGUGGCAAGCGGCAGCGCCCGGUCCCGGGGCGGUUGCUGCCUCCAGCCGAGGGCUCUGCACCGGCGAAGUGCCCAGCCUUUCCUACCAGGAACUCAAAGACUUGAAGACGGCCAACGUCCUCCACAUAGAUGUGCGGGAGAGGUGGGAGAUCGACAAGUUCGGGAAAAUCCCUAAGUCCAUCAACAUACCGUUAGGUGAAUUAGUGGAAGCUCUACAAAUGGACCCGAUGGAGUUCAAGGAGCAGUACAAUCGAAAGAUGCCAGCCAAGUCGGAUCCUGUGGUGUUCUCCUGCUUGGCAGGAACAAGAAGUAAACAAGCUCUUGGUUUUGCCAUGUCCUUGGGUUUCAGCAGAGUUCAUCAAUAUGGUGGUGGCUUUGAGGACUGGGUAACACACGAACCUCCAGAGAAAUAAUGAAGAUGACUAACCCAACACUUGUUUCAUCAUGACUUCAGGAAGGUUUGUAGGUUUUAGCAUUUAAACUAUGUGCAUUCCACUUCCAGAAUGCAGCCCACUCCUCUUUAGCUGUGUAAAUAGACUUUCACCUUUAAAUAGCCAUGCACACCAACUGCUUGGUUUAAAUUAUAUCCAAGGACUAUGACAUGAACAGAGGAUGUUAAAUUUGUUCAGCAUUUACUUUGGGCUCUGUUUUUAUGUGAAAAUAUAUGAAGAGAAUUUAAGUGCCCAUUAUGUCAACUAAGAUUUUUGUAUGAUGUUUAAACAGUUUAUGACUGUUUAAAGUAAUGGACAAAUAAAAGUAGGACAAAUAAAAUUAUCCUUUCUCAAA